AUGAGAAUUAGGGUUCUUCAAUUGGAAUCGGAAUCCACACUUCUCGUCAGUGAUCGUGUGAGAUCAGGCAUGAACUAUGGGAGAGGUUCUCCACUCCCUCAUUAUGAAAAAAGUAAUUCAUGGACUCCGGCAACAGGAAUUCCACCGGAAAACGGAAUUGGGCCUCGUAGGGGCUCUUGGACUGCAGCCAUGCUUGGAGGACCGAUUCCAGGGGUUGGUGGCUUAGGUGAGACUCACGGAAUCGUAAAUCCUGUGGAUGAUGAGGUUAUUUGUGGUAAGGAAUCGGAAUCAUGGAUGACGAUUCCAAGGGGAAAUGGGAUUAUGGGUCAUAGGGAUUUGUUGCCAACUAUCCAUCAAAAGAACGGCAUUGUGACAAAUGGGCAGAAUUGGAAUCCGGUUAUACCCGGUGGAAGUUCUUGGACUCCGGUGACUCCAGGGAAACCGAUCUCUCAAAGAUCAAAUUUGAUUACUGUCAACAAACCCACAAAUCAAAUUGAACAAAAUGAGAAUUGGAGGGAUUUGGUUGGAAUGUACAAAGAUUUAUUGCGAGAAGAAACACUAAAUUUGAAUGAAGUUGCUCAAGAAAUUUAUCCGAUUCAAAACAAUGGAAAUCAAACUCAAAUCCGUGUUGAACAAAGGAACAUGAUCCCAAUUCUAAAUUCAACCCCGAUUCCAAACCCAAACCAAAACCAUGAUUCCAAUCCAGUCUCAUACUUCCCUUACGAAGACCGGAAUUGGGACAAUAAUCUUUUGUCAGCUAUAGUGAGACCCAAGAAAAGCUCGGAAAAUAUUCCGUUUAUAAACACACCACAAAACAAUGGUGUUCAUGAUCUGAAUAUAAUUCCCGUUUCAGAUUCAACUACUCACGUUCAAAGUAACUUUCUGCUCAAAAAUCAGCAAUCCCCUACAUUUAAUUUGGACAUGAUCAAUGGUUACAACUCAAAGCAAUUGCAUUCAGAUGGAUUUCCAGUCCCUUACAGGGCCUCUUACAACCUAAACUCACCACCAAGAUCAGAACUAGAUGCCGCCUCUGGUGUCACGGGCCCGCUUCCAUUUGCUCCAAUUACUCCAGAUACCGGGAGAAAACAAAUUGAAAAUCAAUGGGUACCCGUGAACACUACGCGAGAAAGUCAAAGUCAAAGUCAGAGUCGAAGUCAAAGUCAAAGAAAUGAAAACACAGAUAACCAUGAUAGCGAGCUGUUACAUAACAUUGUGGAAUCCACAUCAUCUGCGGUUUCAACAACACAAAAAGAUCCAUUACUUUUCGAGGAAGGGGGCGAAUUGGGUAUCGACUUAAACAAAACACCCAACCAAAAGACGCCAGCAAGGCGGAAAAAGCACCGCCCGAAGGUCAUUAGAGAAGCGAAGCCUAAAAAGACUAAAACACCCAAAGAUCCCACAGAGACCCCGGUUAAAAGGAAGUAUGUGAGGAAAAAAGAUGUGGAUGUUUUGGAAAGUCCACAAGGAAAUGAGGUCCGUGUUAAAAGAAAGUAUGUGAGGAAGAAAGGAGUUGAGAGUAAAAAAACCGAUGUGGAAGAAGUUACGGGGCCCGUUGUCAAGACCCCGGUCAAAUCGGUCAAGAAAAAAUUGAAUUUUGACUUGGAGGAAAGUCAAAUGAGAGAGGGAGAACACGGUGGUGGUAUUAAUUUGAAUGUGAAUCCACAGGAUAUAGAACAAGAAAGAGGGAUUAACAAUGUACUCGAGAGAUCAGCAAUGAAAGUAGCACAAAACAAUGUUAAUGAUCCUGCUAUUCAUAUGGCUAAAGCAAGAGACCAUGCUUUGAAUGUUCUUGCAAGAAAUUUGACAAUGAAGAAUGGAUAUAAUAACCAGGUGGGUCAAACGGUCAACUUGGAUGAAAGAAGAGGGAUAAAAAGACAGUUUUUUGAGCAAGUAAAUCCUCGUAUUCUAAAUGCAAUGGAUUCUCUUGUAAUGUACCAGAAACUAUUGUUAGGGGGUGAUGUUCGUGUUGACCGUGGUCAAGAUUUAGCUAGUAUUAAUUACUUGGAAAGCCAUAAGAAAACCAAGACACAAAAUGACGGUUUCGCCCCUGAAGAUAACUCAAGAGCUUAUCCAAGUGUCCCGGCUUUGCAGUUACUAAAUUCUUGCAGUCAAAGAGUAGUCAACCCGCCUUAUCACACGAUGAAUGGUGGUGGUGGGAAUCUUACCGGUGGCCAUUUCCGGCCAUCCGUGGCGGCUGUUACGCAAAAUUUACAGAAGCAUCCGGAAGCUUCUGGAAUAACUCAAAGAUCGAUUCAGGAGGGUAGAGUUAAUCCUGUAACCGCAAUGGUUAGCUGGAAUCGACCGCCUGCUACUCCACCGAAAGAUCCCCUUAGAUCCGGAGUUGUAACUUACCCUGGUACUAUGAUAGAUAAAAAGAACACAACACCAAAAUCGUCCAAUCAAAUUCAAAGGUCAAAUUUGGAAGUUCAUCAGCAAUCAACAAAGCCAAAAGGCGGGAGAAAACCGAAGGUUUCAGUUGUGGUUUCGGUUGAGGAUGUAACGGGUAUGUUAGAAGGACUUUGUAUAUAUGACGAGAAUGAGAAAAUGCGGAAUGCAAUUGUUCCAUUCAGGGGUAGUAAUGUCAUUGUUCCAUUUGAGCCUAUUAAGAAGAGAAAGCCACGACCAAAGGUGGAUCUUGAUCCAGAGUCGGAUAGACUUUGGAGACUUUUGAUGGGUAAAGAAGGGAGUGAGGCCAAUGAGACUAUGGAUAAAGAUAAAGAAAAAUGGUGGGAAAAUGAAAGGCGAGUGUUUCGUGGUAGAGCAGACUCCUUUAUUGCCCGUAUGCAUCUUGUUCAAGGGGAUAGACGAUUCUCGCGAUGGAAAGGAUCUGUGGUUGACUCAGUAAUUGGUGUGUUCCUAACACAAAAUGUUUCAGAUCAUCUUUCAAGUUCGGCGUUCAUGUCUCUUGCAGCAAAAUUCCCAUUUAAAACAAGCACAGACUGCCAAAAUGGGACCCGCAUACUGGUUGAAGAGCCGAUUGAAUCCAUAGUAGAAAAACACAACAGAACAUCGGAAUCAGGAGAAAGAAGUAAAGAUGCAAAGGAUUCACUUGAUUAUGAAGCGUUGAGACGUGCACAUGUGAAUCAGAUUUCAGAUGCUAUUAGGGAACGUGGAAUGAAUAACUUGUUGGCUGAUAGAAUAAAGGAUUUUCUUGACCGGCUGGUGAGAGACCAUGGGAGUAUUGAUCUUGAAUGGUUGCGGGAUGUACCACCAGAUAAGGCUAAGGAUUAUUUGCUAAGUAUUCGUGGAUUGGGGCUGAAAAGUGUGGAGUGUGUUCGUCUAUUAACACUUCACCAUCUUGCCUUUCCGGUUGACACAAAUGUUGGAAGGAUAGCAGUGAGACUGGGGUGGGUCCCACUCCAACCACUACCAGAAUCUCUCCAGCUUCAUCUCUUGGAGAUGUAUCCGGUGUUGGAAUCGAUUCAGAAAUAUCUCUGGCCUAGACUUUGCAAGCUGGAUCAGUUAACAUUAUACGAGCUACACUACCAAAUGAUCACAUUCGGAAAGGUUUUUUGCACAAAGAGUAAACCAAACUGUAAUGCAUGCCCAAUGAGAGCAGAGUGUCGUCACUUUGCAAGUGCUUUCGCAAGUGCAAGGCUUGCUCUACCAGGACCUGAAGAAAAGAAAAUAGUACCUUCUGUACCAAAUGCAACUGAAUCAAAUCCAAUCCCCCCUUUAUUCACAAGGCCCAUGUCAUUACCUCCAUCUGAAAACAACUACACUUCAAAUACACAAUCUUUUGGGAGACAAUGUGAACCAAUCAUUGAAGAGCCAACAACUCCAGAGCCAGAAACUGCAGAAUUAUCAUUAAGUGAUAUUGAAGAUCAAUACUAUGAUGAUGAUGGAGAUGGAGAUGAAAUCCCAACUAUUAAACUUGACAUGAAUGAAUUCACAAUGAACUUACAGAAAAUGCAAGAAAGUAUGGACAUUCAAGGUGAUAUGUCAAAAGCUUUAGUUGCUUUGAAUCCACAGGCUGCUUCUAUACCUACACCAAAGCUUAAAAAUGUUAGCCGACUGAGAACUGAGCAUCAAGUGUAUGAGCUUCCAGACUCUCAUCCAAUUUUAAAAGGGUUGGAUAGAAGAGAACCGGAUGAUCCAAGCCCUUACCUCCUUGCAAUAUGGACGCCAGGUGAAACUGCAAAUUCCAUGCAACCUCCUGAAAGAGGGUGUCAGGCGCAAGAAACAGGUGUAUUGUGUGAUAGGACAACGUGUUUUUCAUGCAACUGUAUUAAAGAAGCAAAUGCACAAAGGGUUAGAGGGACUAUUUUGAUGCCAUGUAGGACAGCAACACGAGGGAGUUUUCCACUCAAUGGCACAUACUUUCAAGUUAAUGAGAUGUUUGCUGAUCAUGCAUCAAGUUUGAAUCCAAUUGAUGUUCCAAGGGCAUGGAUUUGGAAUUUGCCAAGGCGAACAGUGUAUUUUGGGACUUCUGUAUCAACAAUCUUUAAAGGGCUGACUACUCAAGAAAUUCAACAAUGCUUUUGGAGAGGGUUUGUUUGUGUGAGAGGUUUUGAUCAGAAAACACGGGCCCCGAGGCCUCUAAUGGCAAGAUUGCAUUUUCCAGCAAGUAGACUAGUCAAUAAAAAGAAUGAAGACAAAUAGGUUCUCAAGGGCAAAGAGGUCAAUGACUAACAAACUGUUGUACAUUCAUCUAUCCAUCAUUUAACAUGACCCAUGGCAUCAUGCAUUUUUGCAUGUAACUUAGACAGGAGAGAAAGAGAGAAAAAGUUGAGUGAUAGUGGUAUCAUAUCCACAAACCACCUGCAAUUAGUUGAUACAAGAUUUCUAGUAUCAUAAAAUUUUCGUUUUUCUUAUGCUCCAAAACGAGCCAUUUUUUAUCAGUUAGAACAUUACAGAAGAAAGAAGAAAGAGAUUAGUUGAGCAGUAGAAUAUUAUUUUUCUUUUUCUGAUUAAGUUAUGUAUUUUCAAACACCUUUGAAAUAAUAUGAUGAUCUAUAUCAGAAGCCAUUGCUUCAAACAUUAGUCACCAUAUACAUGUUUUGGAAAUGAAAGAAAAGCU